AUGACCGAACGUCCGCUUGGGGCUGCGGGGCAGCCACCCCGCUGCAGCCCGCGACGCCGACUUGUCACUCCGCGCGGGCAGCCGGCGGGGGCGGAGUCGGUCCGCGUCCCCCGACUCGCUCCCGGGUCUUCACCUGCGGUUUGGGCGGCUCCGUCCUCAUCGGCGCGUCGCAAUCCUGCCGCCCCCGGGCCGUCCGGAGCCUCCCGCCGGGUUCCCAAGCCCCGGGUCCCCAGUCCCGUUUCUCCGGCCCGCCCUGCCCCAUCUCCUCCCCUCGCCCUCACGCCUCCAUCCUCCCUGCACGUCCGCCGGGCCGCGGCCGCCGCUCGGAAACCCCCGCCGGCCGCGCGACCUGAGGACGACCGCAAACACGCUCCUCCCGGCCCCGAGGACUCUGCGCACCGGCUCCCCGUCCGGUCCCCGCCCCGUCUCCGCCCCCGCGCCCCCGCCGGGGUCCCCGCGUCUCCCGUUCCCGAGGCUUCCGCCCGCCCCGCUGCGCUCGGGGCCCCUCGGGCGGUCCCGGCCGCGGGCACCUCACCGGCCCCGCCCAGAGUCCCGGGCCCGGACCCCGGCCCGGCGGCGUCCCCGCGCCUGGACAGCGGCCCCCGGAGCGCCGGCCCGUCCGUCCCGCUCAGCGUCGGCGCCGCACCGCGUUGCCGCGUCCCCGAACUCACCGGACACGGGCGCCCCCACCCCGUCUCCACGUCUCGUUCCAGAAGCUUCCGCGCCGCCCCUCGCGACCUCCCUCCCGCCGGCGGCUCCCCCUGCGCCGGCGGCUGCGGCCCUCAGUGUCGCCGGCGACUGCCGGAAGCGGGUGAGCGAAGGUCCGUCCGUCCCGCACUCCCCCCUCACCCCUGCGGGGCAGUCCUCGCCCCCCCGCGCAGGGCCCCGCCCCGGCCUCCGACCGCCCCGGACUGCGCGUCUGUGGACCCCCGCGACCCCUACCGGCCGCCCCGACCGCCGCACCUCUGCACGACGGCUGCCCCGCGACUCCGCCCCGGCCCCGCCGCCCCACCUCGUCCCGCGCCCAGCGGAGCCCCCCGGCCCGAAGCCGCCCGGAGACCCCGCUGCUCCCGUGACCCGCGCGCCCCAGUCCCCGGCGCUCCUUCGGCCACAGAGCGCAGGAGGGGCCGGUGGGAGGCGACCCCGCGGGCCACAUACCGUGCUCUCCGGCGCCUCCAGCGUCUGCCGGCCCGACCGUCUGCGCACGCGCCCGCCACGGCCGAGCGGGUCCUGAUCGUCGGCGUCUGCGCCCGAACAACCCGGCCCGGAGAGGGGCGCCGGGGGACGGCGACGGGUCACCCGCUGAACUCCAACGCCCGGCGUGCACCGCGCCGCCCGAGGGCGGGCGGCACCCAGACCCCGCCCCGGCUCCCAGCGUGCAUUGCGCCGCCCGGGGGCUCACGGGACCCCACCACCUGCGCUCCCUCCCGGCCCCAACGUGCCCAGCGCCGCCCCGGGGGCCGACGGGACCCAAGCGCGCCCUCUCCUACAAAUCCCGGACGUGCACUGCGCCGCCCGGGGGCCCGACGGGACUCAGGCUCCGCCCUCCUAAGCAGGCGCACCUCCCUCCGGCGGCGUCCUCCGCGGUGGCGCUCCGGAGCGGUCGACGGGCGGUCAGGGGCCCUCCCCGCGCGGACCGCGUCCGGGUCCCCCGCCCCGGGGGCGGACCUGCCGCCUGGGAAAGGGAUGCGGCUGAGGCGCGCCCCUGUCGGAUCCUCCGCUGCGGGCGCCGGAGAGCGGGGCCCAGGACGCACGUCUGCCGGGCCACGUCCAGCUGGGCCGGCCGCCGCGGUCAACCGCUCGGCUCCCAGGUUCCCGCCUGAGACCCCGCGGGGGCAGCCCGCGCGGAACCCGAAGCCCCUCGUGCGUCCCUGCGACCCCCGAUCGCGGGGGAGGCGGCGACCCCCGCUGGCCGGCUGUCAUCGCGGGAUCCGGAGCCGGCCGCGGCCGGUCCCCGACCCGGAGCAGCCCUCCGGCUCCAGGGAGGCGCGGGUGCCUUCUGAGGCUCUGCCCUCGGGGCUCUCCGGCGAGCGCCGGGUAACCCCAAGCCCAGAGGAGCGCGACGGGCCCUGA